CUUCAUUAAAACUUUACUUUUUAAAAUUACUUUUGUUUUAUAUUUUCUUUUCAUAACUAUAAUGUACUGUAUAUAGUUUUGGUAGAGAAGUUUUCUAUGCGGAACCAUGUUAGCAAACGUUUUAUGGAGAGCACAUAUUCGUGAUGCACACAGUAACUCAUGCGGUGUGUGGGCAGGCAGCGCCAUCUUCAGUGUUGAAUCCGCCGCUGACUGAGUUGGUUGCAUGCUCUCUCGCUCUGCUAAUGCGAGCCUGAGUGAAAAAGAGAGAGACAAGUUUUUCAUCAUGUUAACUGUGCUCUGUGUUUUUGCAGGUAUGUUUACUAUGUUUUAAGUGAUGUUUGAAAUCUGUGUUUUACACGAGUUGUGUAAAAUGAGGUCUGUUUGCAAAGCAGUUUAAUUUUGCGGAUAUUAAUGUAUUUUAUUUUAUAUUGUAAUUUAAAUGUAUGCUUGUGUAUCAUUUUUGGUGUUUGACACUAUUUUUCAUCCUAUUGUUCACUAAUUUAGUGACCAGUGAAACAUUAUAUUCCUUUUACAAGUUAUCUGAUGUAUACUACAAUGUUUGGUCUUGACUGAUAAUAUUUGUGGUCUAUUUAAUUGUAUUUUCUUUUACCUUUUGUUUUUGUCAAUUUGUUUGUUAUUAUUAAUUAUUAAUUCAGUGUUGAAUCCGCCGCUGACUGAGUUGGUUGCAUGCUCUCUCGCUCUGCUAAUGCGAGCCUGAGUGAAAAAGAGAGAGACAAGUUUUUCAUCAUGUUAACUGUGCUCUGUGUUUUUGCAGAAUAAAUCCAAUUUGAGACCUCCAACGUUGCUGUCGUCUUAUAAAAAAAAAAAAACCACACAACCAGAGUAAAACUGCUACAUUAAAAUGGUGCCGUGACCUACUGGAUCAACAGAGUCAGCUGCUGCCGACCACCGGAGUUGUUCUACGUGUUCGAGUGCUGUAAGUGGAGGCUGAAGAAUCCGUUCACCACUGUUCCAGUUGCUGCUUCGUAAAAGAGACUGAAAGGGAAUAAAGGGACUAUUCUGCGGUUUGAUACUGACGAACUCUUGGUUUCUCCUCAUCUAAUUUGUUUGACAUUUUCUGAGGUUAGUUAUCCUUUGUGCUUAUUUUGUUGUAAAAUCAUACCAUGGCUGGGGUAAGAAAAGACUCUGAGUUUAUGACACCAUACCUUGGGAGGGGUAGAGGGCUGUUGGGUGUAGAAAUUCCUAUCGCUGGUAAACCUAGAGCGUUAAUUUAUAGUCCUCAAUCACACGAUAGUCCAACAAGCCAACCUGCUGGUCCGACUGCCUCUACGCCUAGUAAUGCUGAUGAGAAUGUUGCACAACAGUUACGUGACCUUAUUGGUGAAUUAGGCAGUCAAAUAGGCGAUUCCAUUGUCAACCGGCUGUUAGUUAGCCAAACUCCAGUUGCCCCUUCUAGCUCAGUCACUUUCAAUGGUGUUGUCCCUGAAUCCACUAAUGCAGGCCAUAGUCUUGCCAAUGUCAGUCUAAUUGUUAAGCCAGACAUCAGAGAACCUCCUAUGUUCAGAGGUGACGAUUCAGACAAGUGCACGAUUCAGGAAUGGAUAGAGCUGAUGGAAUUGUAUCUCCACAAAGCAGAUUGCUCUAACAAAGAUCAGGUAGAUGAGAUACUGAGCCAUCUGCUAGGCAGGGCUAAAAAUAUCGUUAAAGUUAAACUAAAGUGCAACCCUGAUGAAGCCAUCUCCCCUGAAACCAUCUAUGAUGUGUUAAGACGUUAUUUCAGUGAACAUCCUGGAUCCUGUCAACCUCUAGCUGACUUUUAUGCGACACAACCCAAAGCAAAUGAGUGCCCUGUUGACUACUGGGUUAGAUUAAAUACAGCUGCUGAGUUAGCAGACAGUCACUUGCAGAGACAAGGCGCAAGGAUAAAAAACAUGAGUUCUGAGAUUUCUAUGAUGUUUAUCAGGAAUUGCCCAGACCCAGGCCUUUCUAGUGUCUUUAGGUGUAAACCUAUAAGUAAAUGGACUAUCACUGAAAUCCAGGAAGCUAUAGAUGAGCACCACAGAGAUGUUCAGUCUAAGACACUGCCUGUCACUCAUGUAGUUAAGUCUGUUCACGUCGCUACAGCCAAAGUAUUGUCCAGUCCACACACUGUUCCUGGAGGGGAGA